UCUCGUCGCGCGCCCAAAGCCCUAGCCGAUCGUGCCUCCGCCGCCUCCAUCCGUCCAUGGCGGCAUCUCGCUCCGCCAAGCGCCCCAAGCUGGACCACACCCAGAGAGGCGACGACGACUACGUGCCGGGCAACAUCGUCGAGAUCGAGCUCCGCAACUUCAUGACCUACGACCGCCUCGUCUGCCGCCCCGGCCCGCGGCUCAACCUCGUCGUCGGCCCCAACGGCUCCGGCAAGAGCUCCCUCGUCUGCGCCAUCGCCCUCGCCCUCGCCGCCGACCCCGCCAUCCUCGGCAGGGCCAAAACCGUCAAGGCCUUCGUCAAGCGCGGGGAGAAGUCUGGCCACGUCAGUCUAUCCCUCCGCGACGACGCGCCCGGCUGCCGCGACAUCCGGAUCACCAGGAAGAUCGACACCAACAACAAGUCCGAGUGGCUGCUCGACGGUACAACUGUCCCCAAAAAGGACAUCAUAGAUGUAAUCAAGAAGUUCAAUAUUCAAGUCAACAACUUAACUCAGUUCCUGCCACAAGACCGGGUAUGCGAGUUUGCAAAGCUCACUCCCAUCCAGCUGCUAGAAGAGACCGAGAAGGCCGUCGGCGACCCUGACUUACCCGUCCAGCAUCGUCAGCUCAUAGAGAGGAGCAAGGAGCUCAGGGUUCUCCAAGUGUCUGUGAAGCAAAAGGAGCAGACCUUGAACAAUCUAAAGGCCCUCAACGCUGAACAAGAAAAAGAUGUCCAGCGUGCCCGGCAAAGAGAUGAGCUAAUGAAAAAGGCUGAGCUAAUGAAGAAGAAGCUCCCAUGGCUCAAAUACGAUAUCAAGAAGGCUGAGUUCCUAAAGCUAGAGGAUGAGGAGAAACACUUCAAGGAGCAAAUGGAAAAAGCGGACAAAAUCUGGCAAGAUUUAAAAGCCCCUGUUGAAGAGCUCAAGAAAGAGAAGAUGGCUUAUGUUUCAAGUACCAAAAAGAUAACCAACCAAAUAAAUCAAAACGCGGGCAAGCGUCGGGAAGUUAUAUGCGAGGAAGCGCAGCUGAGGGCUCGGUUGAAAACUACGUUUGAUAACAUAGAAGAUGUGAAAAAUCAAGAAAGAUCAUCGCAACAAAGGAUCUCGACUGCUAGGGAAGCUCUUGUUGCUGCUGAAAAGGAACUGCAAGAUGUACAACCAUAUGAACCACCUAGAGAUGAAUUGGCACAACUUACUAAUGAAAUUGCGCACAAAAUUUGUGCCAUACACGAUCUCAAAAUCAUAUGGAAAGAGAAGGAGCGUCAGUUAGCUCAGGAGAGAGAAAAAUUGAGGAAGUGUUCUGUUAGGUUGAAGCAAAUGGAAAGUAAGAACAAUAAGCUACUCCAAGCAUUGGAAAGAAAUGGUGCUCACAAAAUCAGUGAAGCAUACUACUGGGUGCAAGAUAACAAAAAUAUGUUACAGAGAGAAGUGUAUGGGCCUGUUCUCCUCGAGGUUAAUAUUCAGAAUAGGACUCAUGCUUCUUAUCUGGAAAACCAUGUUCCAAAAUACAUAUGGAAGUCAUUCAUUACUCAGGAUGCUUCUGACCACGACUUCUUGGUUAGAAAACUGAAGCACUAUGGUGUUCCUGUUAUGAACUACACAGGUGACAAUAUCAUCAGCUGUAAGCCAUUCAACAUUACCCCGGAGAUGAAAGAACUUGGGAUCAAAUCACGACUUGAUCAAGAAUUUGAAGCUCCUCCAGCUGUAAAAAAUGUUUUGAUUACCAUGGCUUCUGUGGAUCAAUCGUAUAUAGGUACAGAUCAAGCAGAUCAAAGAGCAGAAGACCUGGAAAAGUUAGGUAUUUCUGACCUUUGGACUCCACAUAAUCAUUAUCGAUGGUCCAGAUCAGGAUAUGAUGGUCAUUUGUCCGCAACUGUUGAUUUUGGUCAUCGGCCCCGCUUCUUCAUGGGUGACUUGAAUGUUAGUGACAUUGAAAGCCUUCGAUCUGAAAACGAUGAACUUACGAAAAAGGUCGAAGGCAUGCAGGAAGUCUUAAAAGAGCUCCUGAAAGACCAGAUGAAAUUAGAAGAUGAAGAGGCAAAAAUACGCAGGCAAAAGGAAGUGAUUCUUGACAUGGUGAGGUCCCAUAAGAAGAGGGGAGAAGAACUGAAAAGACGUGUUGAUAUUAAAAGGAGAAAACUGGAGGUCAUAUCUCAAGAGGAAGACGUGGAAUCCAGCACAAGAAAGCUUACUGAUCAGCUAGCUAAUCUGAAUGAUCAACGAUUUCAAGCUGUGAUAAAACUUAAGAGUUUACUUGUUGAAGCUGUUGCUCUCAAAAGGAGUUCCGCAGAGAAGACCAUGGCGUUUAUUGAGCUUGAUACAAAGAUAUGGGAGAUGGAAAAGGAUGUGAUGAGAUUUGAAAAGGAUGCUGUUCAAGCUGCAACAAAAUAUAAAAACCGUAAAAGAAUCACUCAAGAGCAUAGGCAGCUGCUGAUUAAGGCAAAACAGCUUGCAGAGUCAAUAUCUAUGCUCACUGAAGAGCUUGCAAAAGAAGAGUUUGAGAAGAUGCCUACUACCAUAGAAGAUCUGGAAGCUGCAAUACAAGAUACUGAAUCUGAAGCAAAUUCUAUGCUGUUUCUUAACCAAAAUGUGUUGCAAGAGUAUCAGAACCGGCAACAUGAGAUAGAGUCAAUAUCAAGAAAACUUGAAGAUGAUAAGGUAGAGUGUGAGAGAUGUUGCUCUGAAAUAGAAACUACGAAGGGUAAAUGGCUGCCAACUCUCCGAACGCUUGUCUUCAAAAUAAAUGACACCUUUAGUCGCAACUUCCAAGAAAUGGCUGUUGCUGGAGAAGUUUCACUUGAUGAGCAUGGUCUUGAUUUUAGUCAGUACGGUAUUCUUAUAAAGGUGAAGUUUAGGCAAAAUGGUCAGUUGCAGGUGCUAAGUGCUCAUCACCAAUCUGGAGGGGAGCGGUCAGUUUCUACCAUCAUGUAUCUUGUAUCGCUUCAAGAUCUUACCAACUGCCCCUUUCGGGUGGUUGACGAGAUAAAUCAAGGAAUGGAUCCCAUAAAUGAGAGGGAGAUGUUCCAGCAGCUUGUCAGAGCUGCAAGCCAACUGAACACACCACAGUGCUUCCUGCUGACGCCCAAGCUGCUGCCUGAUCUGGAGUACAGCGACGCGUGCAGCAUCUUGAACAUCAUGAACGGUCCAUGGAUUGAGAAGCCAGCCCAAGCUUGGAGCGCGGGAGAUUGUUGGAGAAAGGUGAUGAGCGUGGAGGCUGGGAACUGACCACGCUGCUUUUGGGAGGUUAAUUCAAGAAUCCAUGAGUGCAAAUAGUAUAUUAGUAGAGGGUGAUUGCAUGGCUGAAUCGUCCACAACUCAGGUAGAGACAUCUGUUAGUUUGGCGAGUCUAUUUAUCAGCAGUCGGUCUAGUCCUGAUGUGAAUAGCUAUGCGAAGGAAUGAUGUAAAUUAGGACAUACCAACUAUAUCCUUUUGAUCAAAUCAAACCUCGAAUGGACUUGUACCUGCUGGUUCUAAGUU